AUGAUAACCAGCAGCCCGCAGCCCCUGAGGCCCAGUCCCAGCCCAGCGCUAGCCCGGCUGGGUGUGAGCCUGCGCCUCUGGGCCAAGGUGCACUUCCCCUCGCUCUACUCGCGCAUCUUCUCACUCUGCGGGGCGGGCCAUGCGCUGUCCGCGGCCCUGGUGCUGAAGGCGCGGGCAGGCCGCCGUGUGCGCCUGUGCUACAGAGUGCUCAGCCUGGCACUCUCCUCCCUGCUGCUGCUGCUGCGGCGGCGGCAGCUGGUCAGCGUGCCCGUGGAGCUCUACAGCUUCGUGUGGUUCCACCACCCAGUCUCCGGUGACCUGGGCUCCCGCGCCAACUACUUCAUGCACGAGCUGUGCGCCGACGCCACGGCGUUCAGCAUAGCCAGCCUGAACGCUGAGCACUGCCUGGCCCUGUGUCAGCCCCUGUGUGAUCGCCACCUGUUGACACCACACAGGACCCGCCUCUUCUUGUCGCUCGUCUGGGCCAUCUCGAGUGGCCUCGCCAUGCCCAUGGCCAUCACUAUGGGGCAGAAGCACGGACUGGAGAUGGUGGAGGGGGAGCGGGAGCCUGCCACGCAUGUGUGCACCAUGCUGGUGACCUGCCCCACGCUCCAGGUUUUCAUCCAGGAGUGGUGA